AUGACGGAAACUUCUCUAGCAGCACUCUGGGAGAAUGCUAUCUGCGAAUAUGAGAAGAGUAUUGGCCAGCCUUUGUUCAAUUCUGACUUGCAAUGUGCUCCCGUAAACUUCCAAGACACCAAUGGACGAAGCCUUCAAGCGUUUCUCGAAGCCCUUCACGUAAAUCAAGACCAGUUCACGGCUCACCGAAAUGAAAAGCGCAGAGUUGUUUCAGCCUUCCGCAAAUGUAUCCUCCCGCUGCACUUCAUCCUGGAUAUUGCAGAUCGAGGCCUUCAAGCAACACCCGCGGCACCGCUCAGUGCGCUUUUCUUUGCAGUCAAACAUAUCUUGAAUACAUGUGAAAGGGUUAGUAACGCAUACGAUGCUGUGGAAGAGUUGUUCCAACGAGUAGCCGCUGUUACGUGCUCCCUCGACGGUUACAAGGACAGCUCUCUGAUCGGCACACAUCAGACAGUCGUUGUUGAGGUGUUGUCAUGUCUUCUGAAAAUCGUCGGAGUAGCACAGUCCAGACUGGUCAAACCGUCAAGACUACGCCAAUUUGGAAGGUCACUGUUUCAGAACGAUGAAAGCAUCAAUGAAGCCCUUGCAGAGCUGGAGAGACGGGUGCACGAUGAGCUGGGCUAUGUCGUUCGCCUGAAUUUUGGGAUGACGCAGCGAAUGAGCGAAACGACCCUCAGCAUACAUAAACAAGUCCUCGAAAUCAGGCAGGAGAUUCUGAGAUCUAGAGCAAAUGGAGAAUUUUUGGAUGCCAGGACAGAUCUUGUCGAAAAACUCAAGAAUGAGUCGUGGGAAGAAUUGCGAAAUCAUCAUCGAAAAAGUGCCGAUGCCAUUGCCGCCACCACGGGGAUGUGGAUCCAGAAUGAUUCGAUGUUUGCAACGUGGGAGAACGGCAAUGGUUCACUGCUUUGGAUUUUUGGUCGCCCGGGAGUUGGCAAAACGGUUCUUGCUGCUGCCACGGUCGAAACUCUCAAGAACAAAUAUUCAAGGCACGCUGAUAAUGGUUCAGUGAGGCCUACAGGCUACAUGUAUUUCAAGGAGGGCCAACCCAAACUCCAGAAUCUGAGCGAUAUGUUGCUGGCUGUUGCACUGCAAAUUGCGAAGCAAGAUCAGCGGUUUUAUGACCAUCUGGUGGAGACCGUCAGAACUUAUCCUGACAUUCUUGGGAAGGCAGCGUCAGCGGAGUCUUUAUGGGAUCGCCUGUUCCUAUCCUAUGACCCUCUCUUGGAAGAUCAUGAAGAGGCUGGUGGACUGAUCUACAUAAUCAUUGAUGGGCUUGACGAGGCCAACGACGAAGCAAAGCAUUCCUUGUUGACUUGCUUGAGAAGGCUUCUUGCCUCCCAGCCCAAUCAUGAAAGAAUAUCCAUCCAGGUGGCCGUCUUUGCACGGCCAGAAAUUCGAAAUCUCCUUGACAAUACUGAUGCCGCCUUCCAAGGAAAGGAAAAGAUCAUCGACAUCACCGAAGACCAGACGAAGCAGGAUAUUCGUGUCUACGUACGGCACCACACAAAGGCCAUCGCCGCUGUCAGAAUGAUCCGGAAGAUGGAACCGGAGCAAUCUCAAGCCUUCGAGGCCUUCAUCGAAAACAGCAUAGUGACACGUUCGCAGGGAAUGUUCUUAUGGGCCAAAUUAGUCAUUGACCAGAUUCGAGACAGCCCUUCUGCGGAAGCGGUUGAAGAAGCCCUCAAUGAUGCCCCUUCCGGGUUGAUGGACAUGAUUCAUUUGGUAUUUCUCAGGUUGAACCACGAAAGCGACUUCAGGACCCAGUACCUGAUGCACUUACUCGCCUGGGUCCUUUGUUGUCGCCGUCCGCUGACAAUUGCCGAGCUUCAUGUCUGCCUUCAUGAAACACUUGGCCAGCAUUUCAUAACUAUCUCUGAUGACCUGACAAAAAGGUACUCCAGUCUUUUCGACGUCAUACGGCAGUCAAAUGGUGACGAUGCUUCGAAAACGAUAAAGUCAACGUCUUCCUCCAACAGAGAAGAAUCCGAAGACGAUUUAGACUCUGUCGAAAGUGACGAUGGCGAACUAGCGACCGGCUACACGCCAUCAAGGCCUUCAUUUAAGCAGUUUAGUUUCAAAAGAAUCAGCGUCCAUGCAAAUAAUGGAAUAUUUGACGAAUGGCACCGCAGCACGGUCACCUUUGCUCAUGCAAGAAUUCGCGACUAUCUUGUCCAAGAAGGCAACCCCUUGACCAAGAAAUGGAAUGAUUGUCGAGUGGUUCCGGGACAGAUUGAUCAUUUCAAGAUGCAAAUGGUGCAGGCUCUGCUUGACCUCGCCAUGAAGCCCACUGCCCAAAAAUACGGCGUACAUCUUCUCAGACAGUAUGCGGCAGAUAAUUGCGUGUCUCAUCUGGUGGAGAUUGACCUUGGUGCAAUGCCAGAAGACCUUUGUGGUCAAGUUGGUGCCAAACUAGCCUCGCUAUGUUUUGACGGCAAGAUGUUCUACGAUAUACAGAAUGGUCUAUGGCAAACUACGAUUGAUUCUUGGCUAUUGGACCGAAAGAAACCCGAUAUCGUCCGUGCAUUGAUCGCAAAGGGAAUCCACUGCCUCAGCACCGAAAAUCCUGAGAUUCGCCCGUGGGCAAUGCAGGCGGUCGACUCCGCCAGAGUUCUCCUACAGCCUUUGAUCAAAGAAUGUGCCCGUAUCUGGCUGGCGAAAAGGUCGUGGGAUGACUUGGAUUGGUUCAACAAGUGCGACGGAGAAACAUGGGUAUUGCUUGCGUAUGAAUUUUUGACUCCAAAAGGAGACAAUAUUGGCCCUGUCAGCAUACUUAAAGGAACACGACGAGUCGGACGCAUUACCCUGGAUCUGAUUGAGCAAAUCGCCAGAAGUCAGAACUUAGAAGAAGACGAAUAUUGGUGUACCGGUGUUGCCUGGACGAUGAUGGAUGGAGGAGAUCCUAGGCACACCCGAAGAGCCAUCGAAUAUUUCCAAAAGGCAAUCACUCUAGCAGAAGCUCGUACGCGAGAGCUAUAUGGCGUCGAAAAGCCCACAGCUUGGGUCGCGUACGAAGGCCUCAGUCGGUGCUACGGCGAUAAUCUUGGACAACCUUUGCCAGCUCUAGAAGCAAUUCAGAAAGCUAUCGAAGCCUUACCACCGAUCCUUCUUAACUUCGGUGUUGAUUUUUAUUUCAGAGCACGGGCAGCUUAUUGGCAACUCCAAACCGGCGGAAAUCACGAGGAUGCCACUCGUGUCGGCAGGGAGGCGUACGAACGAUGCCAGAUGUAUACUUUCGGCACAAAUUCCCCCUCGGACUAUAUCAUCAUGGAUAGCUGCAAGCUUUACAUUGAGAUUCUGAGUCGGACCCAAGAUUAUGGCUCAAUAUCAGCAGUCUUGCGCCACCUUGCAACAUGUGAGACACUCUUGCCCGGGUGUUCACUGCUUCACUGUCUUUUGAGACACAAGUUUACCGAACGAGAGUUCAAGCGGCUGACCGGUAUCAUCGCUAUGGUUUUGUAUAAAAGGCCAGACCCCGAUCUGCAGAACCUGUUACAAGACAAUUUCAAGCGUGUCGCAUACAUUGAUCUUUCAGGCAGGCCCAAGUGGAAUGAUCUGCGACUGGCGGUACGCUCUGCAAACUUCUUGCUACGACAUUUCAAAGACGUCGCUGGCGCGACCAAGAUCUUCACAAGCAUCCUGUCUGUGAUUGACUCGAACGAUGAGUCUUACCGUCAACGUUUGAAGCCGAUUCGAAACCAAGCGGCCGCAUUCGUUAGCUUUCGUCGUUUCACCGAGGCGGUGGAAGCUAGGCUGUCAAAACAAUCACGUUAUUCCCAGCCCGCGGAGAAACUGAGGAGUCUUGCCUUGGAAGACAAACGGCGCUAUCGCGCCUCUUAUUCGGCCCUUCUGUAUGGUGUCUGGCUUCGAGAUCAUCGAUCAAAGUCUCCGAAGGUGUGGAGGCCGAUUUUCGAACCAUCUAUCGCUGAGGCAAUCUAUAAACUACACGACGACGAUCCCUGGAACGACGAUGAUGCCUACAAUCAACUUGGAGAGGCGUUAAUGAUGGGCAACGAUCUCGAAAACGCUGCAACUGCCUUCGGAAUUACCAUGAUGCUAACAGAUGAACUAGCCACACAGCCUGAAGUACCUGAUGAAGGAACCGACUCUGAUCAUAAGCUGGGAGAGAGCACCGGUGGGGCGGUAUACAAGUACGCCAGCUCCAGGAAAAUUCGCCACUGCGACGGGAUUUGCGAUCCGACCAAGGACGACUUUGCAGAACUCUGGUGCUGUUGCCUAUGUGAGAAGACGUGGCUUUGCGGAGAUUGCCUUGUUCUGCUCAGGAAACAGGACCCAGAGGCAGACUCGUACGUGAUAUGCUCGUCAGAUCAUAGCCACCUCCGAGUCUACCCUGUGUCUGAUCGCGCCAGAGAUAUCGUCAGCGGCCUUCGACGGAACAACUUCGACAAGCAUCGCCAGUGGUUACGAGAAGUGCAGGCGGCCUGGAGCACGGAGUAG